CUAGGUAGACCUGGAAGAGAGAGCAGGCUACGCAACAACUAACUUCUAAAGAGAUACUGUGACUCUAGAUCAAGAUCUAGAAGAAUUUAAUGUAUUGAAACUUUGGACUUGAAAGUGGGCUUUGUGAGCGAUAAAAAUUUGAAAUUGUUUUAAACAAUGGGUUCUGAAGAACACGAGUGGGAACUUAGUAAAGAGAAUGUUCAACCACUGCGCGGAGGACGCGAAAUGGCAAGCCUUGCCAUGGGUCUUCAUUCUGAUCAUGGAGCUGAACACGAGAUAAAAGCUAAACAGAAUGAAUUUGAGCUUGAACUGAGAACCUAUUCUGGCUUUGAUCCUUUUGAUGUGUGGGAUAGGUACAUCAAAUGGACUGAGCAGUACUUCCCUAAAGGUGGUCAUGAUGGACAUCUCAUGGCUCUGAUUGAAAGGUGCUUGAAAGAAUUUCAGUCAAAUGAUGUAUACAAGAGUGAUCCACGUUUCAUUCAAGUAUGGAUUCGAUUUGCUUGCUCAUCUGAAGACCCAGUGGAAGUGUUUACUCACAUGUUUGACAAUGGCAUAGGACUCAACGUGGCAGCCUUCUACUGUGAGUGGGCCACAAGCUUGGAGCGGAGAGGGGACAACAAAAAUGCCGAUGUCAUCUACAAUGAGGGCCUGAAAAAUGCAGCUCAGCCCAGGAGUAUACUGCUACAGCGUCACCAACAAUUCCAAAAUCGAGUGGCUCGUAAUAUCACGCUUCAGAUUGCUGAGGGCCAGAAUCCUGGCAUGGAUAUGGGAGACCAAGAGGAACAACGUUUAGUUCUUGGACGUCUGAAGGCUGCUAAAAAAUCGCAUAAAGUUGGUACUGAGAGGACUGGGGCAGUUAGCCAAGGACCUGCUGGGUGUUUGAAAACAUCUAAGCAAUCUGCGCAGAAACAAAUUCCCGAGGGUAGGAUUCAGAUAUAUGAUGAUGAAAAUGCCCCUCCUUCGGUUCACUUACAACAAACACACGAGUGGAAAUCAAUACCCACAAGGGCUGUAGAUAAUAGAGAAAAUGAGAGGAAACCAGGAGUGUGGACAAAAGCUAAGAUAAAACAGAGGCCUGUAGCUCCACCAGGCAGUGCACCCUUUGUAAUUCAUGAAGACCCAGACAGCGAACUCCCACAGGAAACGCCAAGGAAGACAACUUUGAUCAACAAUCAACCUUUGAGUUCCCGAAAACCAUCCAAAUACACAGAUGCCCUUAACAACCUCAAGAUGGGCCAGGGAGUGCCAAAUUUAAAUGAGGGCAUUCCCAUGUAUCAGAAAGACAAAGUCUACAAUGGCAUGUCAGAGUUUAGCUUUGAAGAAUUACGAGCUGCCAGGUACUGGAAACUUCAACGUCAGAAGGCUGAGGAGGCAGAGAAAGAGCAGAAAAGAUUAAAGGAUGAGGCCAUGCAGAGACGUGUCCAGGAGAUGGCAGAGAGGAUGGCCUCAAUGGAAGCAUUACUUCAGCACAACCUUGGCUUGAUGAAUCAGAACAAACCGGAAAAUGUGACUGGGCCGGGGAGUCAAUUACCGCUGAAUGAAGAAGACAGAGAGCUCAGUCUAGCUUCAGACAGACUUCCAGACCAGGUUGAUCAAGAGAUGACAGAAGAUGGUCGCUCUCAGUCAAUGGCAGGGAGCACUCAUGACAUGGUCACACCCACAAACAAUGCCAGCAGCCUCUUUCAGACAGGAAAGCUUCCAAGCUCUGGAGGGUCACAGAAUGCUAGCCUCAACAGCAGCCAGAGAACACCAAUUUUCAACAGUUUAUCCACCUACUCCGCCACCUCAUCUGGGGGAUCAAACAGCUCUACCUCCAACUUUUCUUUCUCUAAAGCCCAUCGCGCCAAUAUGUCUGCAUCGUCUGGGCUUCCUCGAUCAAAUCAUGCUGCAAGUAGUUUAUCAAGGGUUCCUCCAGUUUUUCCCCAAGACAGUUCUAUGUCAAUGCAGAGAAAAACAAACCCCUUAGAAAUGUCCAAAGAUUUCAUAAGCUCUGUCCCAAAUAGUUCUUUUUCCAGUAACUCUUUUGCGGAGCAAGGACGUCUUAACAGUACAGUCACACCAAAGUCAAGCGGCCCAACUCCCGAGAGCACAAGCAGCUUGACAAAGAAAGGGUAUGUUCCUCCUUCUCCCACGGUGAUGACCAAGGAAGCUAUGGCAGUUGUUCAACAGAUGUUUAGCACCUCAUUUGAUAACUCCGCAGUUGUGACAGACGAGCUUGGAUCUUUUCACAGCAAUGCAAGUCAAGCCAACAACCCCCCAGGUGGUGGAAUGCCUUUCCAGAUUUGCGAAGACCGAACAACCCAGCUGAUACAACAAGCCUCAGUCAGCAGCAGAGCUGGUGGGGUGGAAGUAUUUUGUGAUGAGCCCGGAGGCAAAGAAAAUUCAGUUAUGGGGUCAACCAGGAAAGUGAUUGCUGACCAAGAAAAUGACAUCCCUGCAGCAAUGACGUCAACAGGAAGGAAAGGUGGUGGUUUGCAGAUCCAUUGUGAUGAGCCGAUGGAGGGAGAGGAUCUUGUGAGAUCCUCUAGGAAAGUGAUUGCUGACCAGGAAAAUGACAUCCCUGCAGCAAUGACAUCAACAGGAAGGAAAAGUGGUGGUUUGCAGAUCCAUUGUGAUGAGCCGAUGGAGGGAGAGGAUCUAGUCAGGCCUCUAAGUGAAAAGAAAGGAGUGAGGCGAGGACUCGGUUUUCUGCCUGCUGCAGGCAGCUCUGAAGAUGUUGAAAUGACUGGCUUUGAUAGGGAGCUACACACUCUGGCCAAUGACUUCACCAUUGAGUGUCAGGCAAGAGACGACAUGACCCUCGCUGCACUGGACAGCUUCAGUGUCCACGCUCAUGCGGCCUCCACUCCAUUUGCUGCGGCAGGGACAAAGUUGAAACAAAGAACCGAGCAGAUCACAGAAGGUAAUGGUUCAGCAGUGAGCACUUCUAGUGCAAUGACAUCUUCUACCUUUGGAGAGGGCAUCCCCACGCCAAGCAAGCAGAAUCUGAGUCCAAUCCUGGAAGGGUCUGGUGAAGGCGGUAGCGAGGACAGCAAGUCCUCAGCCAGUCAUCAGUCUCAAACUUCAAGCAGUGUAUCUGGCAAUGUGACACUGCGCUCCAGACAUGGCAGUGCACGCUCUGUGUGCCAACAGACUAUCGCUGAGGACGAGCCAUUGGAGGAACAGGAGGACAGGGAUGCCAGCAUGCCUGGCGGCGAGUGUCUAAGCACCUCCCUCCACCACCACCAGAUUGACACUUCUGCCUACAUCCACCUCCCUGACGAUAAAGAGAGGGAGCUUCUGUCCACCUCUGUCAUGAUUGACCCACAGAACCCGUUUGAUGAUGAGUGCAUCGCCAAGUUCCUGGGCUCUCUGGAUCCACCUCUCUCGGACUACCCCAACUUCUUCAGAUUUAAUGAACAAGUCCCGCUUAUUCCUGACACUGGCAUGUGUUAUUUGGCCGGGAAAGCUGUUGACAUGGAAGGUCUGCUGGGACAAGGCGGCUAUGCCAAAAUAUACAAGGUCUGUGAUUUUGCCCUGGAUCUGGAUAUGACAGAAGACUUUUUCCCGACAUCCUACGCCCUCAAAUAUCAGUCCCCACCAUGCUUUUGGGAAUUCUAUGUCAGUUGUGAACUGCAUCAGCGACUCAGCCAGCUCCACGCUCCCGUGAACAUUAGACCAGCAGUGGUACAAGUUGAGAGAGGAUAUUUUUAUCAGAAUGCUAGCCUGCUUGAGAUGCAGUACUUGGGCAAUGGCUCCUUGCUGAGCCUGGUGAACAGGUACAGCCAGGACCGUCACAUGAAGGCCAGUGUGGAGCCGUUUGCCUGUCUGCUCACCAUUGAGCUGCUGCACCUUUUUGAACAGAUACACUCGUGCCAGUUCAUCCACGGGGAUGUCAAGCCCGAUAACUUUCUGAUAAUGGACAUACGGGAUGUCUCUGAGAACGGUUCCCGGGAAGCUGUGUUUGGCUCUGAGCUGGGACUGGUUCGUCUGAUUGACUUUGGACAGAGUAUAGACUUGACCAAGUUCCCUGAGGGCACCACCUUCACAGCGUCGGUGGCGACGUCGGGCUUCCAGUGUAUAGAGAUGAGGACGGACAGACCGUGGACGUUUCAGACUGAUCUGUUUGGGCUGGCAGGCACCAUCCACGUUGUUCUCUUUGGUUCUUACAUGAAUGUGUUCCAGGAGCAAGGUCAAUGGAAGACCACAGGCUCUUUCAACAGGAAAUGGAAUGUUCCACUUUGGAAAGAAUUCUUCUCUGCAAUGCUGAAUAUUCCAUCAUGCGAUCAGAUGCCAAAUUUAGCAUCCCUGCGACAGAAGUUUGAGGAGUACUUUAUGACCCAAAGGGCUGCCUAUAAUAUGUGGCUCAAUUCCAUACGGAAUGAAACUUUACUCAAUGGCCCUGCCUCCAAGGUUUCUGGUCUCUAAGUACGAAUGGAAUGCAAUGAUAUUUUUGUUAUAUGUGAAGUUUGAAAGAUUUUCAGCUGUUCAACCUCGAUUUUUUUUACUUUACUCCCCCCCCCUCUUUCUCUGUCCCUCCCUCCUUCUCUCUCUCACUGUGGCCAUAACCUUCUCCUUUUAGUCAGUGCAUCAGUCUUCUGCAUUUCUUUAAAUUUCCCAAGUUUUGCAUACAAAACCCAAAUUUUCGUUGGUGGGAAAAUAGUCAGCAAAAAUUUACAUUGACACAAAAGUGAUGAAUAUUUCAGAGCUUUUGCUUGAAUCUCAGCUUUUAGCUGUGGUGUUUAGUUAUAUCCGCUUUUACCCCCUUGUUCUUUCCCAAGGGAUCAAAGGCUACAGUAUUAGUUUACCAUGUUUCUAGUUUCUUUAGUUAUUUAGAUUUUGUUUUAUAUCUUAGCCCACUUUCAAUAUUUUGUCUUUCCCAAAGAUCAAAUAGUUUGUUUCCCCUUUUAGAAGGUAAAGACAGCCAACUUCCAUGUGGGAUGUCAGCGUCUUCUGGAUUUCUUGAAAUGCUCUCUUCCUGUGUCCUUGUGUGUGGAAUAUGUUUUUGUCAUAUGAUUUGAUAUUUUUGGCAAUGCUUGUAAUGAAUAUUUGUAGCCUUGCUAUACCGGUAAUGAUAAUGAUGGGAAAAAAAUGGUACGUGUCAAGCAAUAUAUAUGUUUAUAACUACAAUUAUAUGAUGUUAAUGAAGUUUGUUUUUUUAAGCUUCAGGAUUUUGUUUUGACAUGUAUACUUGGUUUAAUCUGAUCUUCUGAUUCGGUCCAUUAACACUUUGCCGCCUCAUCUCGCCAAUUGGUGAUGUUUACCACCCAGUUUCUUUGGAUUUUCCCCAAUAUAUGAUGGCAAAGUGUUAACGUAGAUGUGAACUAGUUGGAUAUCAUGUUCACCCCACGUAAUUAAAAAAGUACCGUAUAAUUAUAGCUGAAUAACUUUAGAAUUAAUUACUUGCUGAAACCAGCAUUUGACAAAUUAUCCACAAGAUGCACCAUUAUCAUACGACCUGAAAUGCAGACCAUUAUGGAACAAACAGUUACAGUGUAGUCUAUUUUGAUAUAACAGUUCCUCUAUGCUGUGGAGUUAACUUAAACAGGAAUCUGCUGGAUUGCCAGAUUUUCUUUGGUUUAGCCAUGUUUUGAUAGAGGUUGCUCAAAUAGAAGGAAAAAAAUCAAGAUUAUAUUUGAUCUUGGCAGCUGCUGUUUUCAGACCAAUUGCGUUUGGCUGAAGUUUAAGCAGACUCCAUUGUAUAUGUGUUUGUUUACUAUCAGUCUCACCAGUGUGUAGAUGUCAUAGAUCUUGCCUCGCACCCAAAAGUACACAGGACUUUGUCAGUGUUGCGGUGAUUCUGUUCUUGAAUAUGGCAUCAUCCUCUCUCAUUGAACAACUGAAUAGUCCCCAGAAUGUUUCGACUGAUCAGUAACUAACUAUAAUACAUGUAUCAUCAUUGAAUUUAUUAAAACUUACUUAUGUCAAAAGUU